AUGUGUGACCGCGUGGACGAGGUGUACCGCGACCAGGCCGCCUGGACCCGCAUGUCCAUCAUGUCCACCGCUGGCUCCGGCUUCUUCUCCUCCGACCGCACCAUCGCAGAGUACAACAAGGACAUCUGGAAGUCGGAGCCGUGCCCCGUGCCCACCCCCAGCGAGUGA